GCAGAGACCCUCCUGGUGGCUGAACACAUCUCCACUUAUCAGAAAGAACGAAGCAAUGUCUGGAUUGGGCUUCAUGAUGUCCGUCAGACCGGGAAAUGGAGGUGGGCUGAUGAGUCAACUUACAACUACAAGUCCUGGAUGAGCCACCAACCAGACAAUUAUGGCAAUAAUGAACACUGUGUGGAGCUGCGAUUUUCCACAGGUUUCACACAGUGGAAUGAUGCUCAGUGCAAGAGACGCAAUGCCUACAUCUGCAAGCAUGAACUCUAG